GCCGACUGCACUACGAGCAUGAUUGCGUACGCCUGCUGUCUCUGGCCGCUGCAUGUUGUCCGCUGCUCUCAUUUCAGAAAGCAAAUCGCCGCGAUCAUUAACGAAGUCGCAGUUUGGUCCAAGUGUUGGUUAGUCCUCCAAUAGUUGCUAUUUCACUUUCUGAAAAUAAGUAUAAUUGUAGGCAACUUGUUUUCUGAUUUUUCUGAAUUUAACCCAGUGCUUGUACGUAUAUAUGUCCCUCUGUCGUUAUUCUCGUUUCAAUAAACACAACACCUUUUACUGUGAUUCUGGCCUCCAUGCUAAAGGCUACAUGCCCCCCUGCAAUAUAGCCUACUCAUCUCCGGUCUUGCGUGGGAUAUGACCUGGUGAGUGUAUUACGGUCACGGUCACAGCCCCGCCCGGUGUGCACCAGGCUCAGCUCCAGGAGACUGACUGUGUGUGCGCAGCAGGGGGACCCGGGGAACUCUACUGUCCGGUACUGUCAGCGAGAAUGCCACAGCCCAAAGUCAAGUUGGUUGUGACCGGAGAUGAUUUUGGGUAUUGUCCAAGGAGGAAUCGCGGAAUAGUGGACUGUUUUCAAGCCGGGGCGAUUUCCAAUGUAUCGCUACUGGUCAACGGGUGUUCGGCCAAAGACGCGGCUGACCUCGCGAAGCGGUAUGACAUGCCGAUCGGCCUUCACGCAAACCUUUCCGAAGGUCUCCCGGUUUGCUCAAAUCUCAGGAGUGGGACAACGCUGCUGAACAAGGAUGGGUUUUUCCACGGAAAGAUGGGCUUCCGCAAGCAGCUGCAGAACGGCCAGCUCCGGAUGGCAGAGGUGGAGAUGGAGCUGCACGCGCAGGUGAAGUUAUUCUGUGAGCUCACUGGCCAUUUCCCUCACCACAUGGACGGCCACCAGCACGUCCACGUCCUGCCAGAGGUGCGGGAGGUGUUUGCCCAGGUGCUGUCGGACUACGGCGUGCCGUACACGCGUGUGCCAGUGGAGCCCGGGAUGCAGGCGUGUCCCUGGCUGGCCCCGCCCCUGCGCGACUUCUACACGCAAGUGGAGACAGACGCCCGCGAGGCAGUGGCUGUGUUCGGCCGACACGGCAUCAGGUGGCCAGACGUGUACCUGGGCUUGACCACGAUGGGAGACCACAUGUCCAUUUCCAGCAUCAAGAGGGCUGUUGGACUCGCCCUGGAGGCCACACCCCCUGGCAACGGCGCGGUAACCCGGGGUGACGCGGCACAGGAGGGGGGCCGGCCGGUUACCGUGGAGCUGAUGGUGCACCCUGGGUACCCCAGCGAGCCCCCACAGGGGGGGUGUGGCCAGGGGCCCGAUGAGUUCUCUCAGUCCCACCACCGCCAGCACGAGCUGCACAUCCUGACGGAUCCCAGACUGCACGCCUUCUACACGCGGGAGAGAGUCCAGCUCUGCGCCUUCAGGGACCUCUAAGCCAGUCCGCCCCCCUCUCGCACAAACGGCAACUUUUCAGGGCGUUGCUGUCGAUCAGGGGUGGGAAGUCCCGGUCCUGGAGUGCCAGGGCCGUUUCUGGUUUCUGUUCCGUCUGAGCUGAUUAAGAGGCUGAGUGCUCUGAAGGUGAGACGCAGAGGGCCUCCCGCACCUGGUCACCUGCGUUCAUUAGCCCCGAUUCCUUCAGAUGAAUCCGGUUCUGUAGUUCUAGGUUUGGAUGGAGCAUCUCUGGCUCCCCAGGAGCCGGGGUGAGCAGCCCAGCUGCAGAUCUUCAGCAGCUGGAACGGUGUCAUAACGCUGCUUUUCUAAGCCAUUUAUAUGUAGAAGACAAACGCACAUGAAGAAUCUUUGAUGUAGGAAAUGACCCCCUGGUCAUGAUGAUGUAAACUGGAUGUUUUAAUGCAAUGUGCACGUUAAUGUACUAUAAGAUAACCUAUUAUAGAUUGUAUAUCUAUUUUCUUAAUAUAUUUAUGAAAUAUUAAAUACUUUGAAUACUUUAACAGGUGCUGUCAAAAUAAUUCACACUAUUUUAAAUAGAAUUUGUACUUAAAACACAGCCAUAUUUUAGAUGGGAAUACUGUGUAGGAAUUAUGUACGGAAUAAUUACUGUAUGAUCUUUGCACUUUGAACUGUCCUGUCCUGUUUCAAUAACUUAGAUAAUACUGAUUAAAUGUAACCGCUGUGGUUUAUGUUCAGAGUGUACAUAAGCCAUGGCCAGUCCUGUUGAAUAAAGCCAUUUCUGUCU